AUGAACCGGCAAAGGGACAGGCGGGAAAAUCAGGAGAACGAAGGAGCGGCGCAGAUGGCGAAUAAUCUGAAACGGCGCCGGGAGGUUAGGGUUCGGCUAAGAGGCCUUCAAGCUCAAGUUGCGGAAUGUUCCAACCACAAUGAGCUGAGCAUCGGGUCGAGCAAGUUUGAGGAGAUUCUGGAGACAGCCAACAAGCUGACGACGAACCCUGGCGUGGCCUCGGAUCUGAAGCUGCGGGAGAAGCUCAUGGACGCCGACGUGCUGGACGGCCUCUCGCAGGUGCUGGCGCACUCCACGGAAGCGCUGCUGCGGCGCCACGCUGCCACGCCUGAGCAGUUCGUUGCCGCGCUCAGAGCCAAGUACCUCGUCCGCACAGGGCUUCUCUACACCUCCCCCUCUUCUCCCCAGCGUAUCCCUCCUACCCCUCUCUCAGCAUACCUCCUCCCUCCCUUGAACCACCCGCUCUUCCCCCUCUCUUCCACCCUGUCUCCCCCCUGUCUUCCCCCUGUCUUCCCCCUGUCUCCCCCCUGUCUCCCCCUGUCUUUCCCCACUCACCUGGCGCGGAGCAGGCUGGGGCCAAUGGAGGCAGAGGCGCCCAAGCGCAGGGUGCAGGCAGUGAGGCGCAAGAGGGACGCAGUGGGGGCCACUGUGGUGCCCGAUCAGGGCGCAGGCAGUCAGGUGCAAGAGGGAGGCUGUGAGGGCAUUGUAGUUCUUGCACAGAUGAACAAGCAGCAAGGGAAGGAAGGGGAAGCAGGAGAGGGCAGUGGCAGCAAGGAGACGGCAACAGAAGCGACAGUGAAGGAGAUGUACCGGCGGCUCAAGAGGGCGCCACGGCACCGCGUGCAGCUGCCGCAGCUGCUGCUGUCGCGCACGUCCUUUGCGCACACGGUGGAGAACAUGUUUGCGCUCUCCUUCCUUGUGAAAGAGGGCCGCGUGGGACUCACCCCUGAUCCUACUUUUGGGGCUGCUGUGGACCUUCGCCCACCUGCGGAGCCGGCAUCAGGCAGCGCGGAGCCGAAGGGGCAGUUUAUCAUGCGCCUUGACAUCAACGACUGGAAGGUGAGGGGGACAGGGUGGGGUGAGGGGGACCGGGUUGGGUGA